UCUGCAGCUGUCAGGCAUGUUUCUGUGCAGGGGAUGGAGGGGCGUCCCUGGAGUCAGCCUCAGGCCACGGGGCACCAUACCCACCCCAGCCAGGGGGAGAUCGGGGUUGGGGGUCCCCAGGAGCUCACACCGGGCCCUCAGUGCCACUGCUGGUCUCCUGAAGCAAGAUGAUUUCUUUAGAGAAUUAGACCGAGAAUUCGUCAAGUUCCACAAGAAACUGAAGGAGAGUCUGCCGUCCAGCGACUGGAGCCCCCUCGCCCCCACGGCAGAGCUGCCCCCCGAGAGGGCAGAUAUCGUCAUCGUCGGCGGAGGAGUGAUCGGCUGGUCCAUCGCUUAUUGGCUGAAGCAGAAGUCCCGACGUGACGCCCUGAGGGUGGUGGUGGUGGAAAGAGAUCCGACGUACACUCGUGCCUCCACGGUCCUGUCGGCGGGGGGCAUCCGGCAGCAGUUCUCCCGACCCGAAAACAUCCUCAUGUCCCUCUACUCCGCUCAGUUCUUGCGUAAUAUUAAUGAACACCUCGGCGUGGCCAAUGAGGAUCCAAUAGACAUUCAGUUUAAUCCGUCUGGGUACCUCUUCCUGGCCAGCGAGGAAGGCGCUCACAUACUGCACGAUAACUACACCGUUCAAAGGGAACAUGGCGCCCAGGUGACGCUCCUCUCCGUGGAGCAGCUGAAGAAGAAAUUCCCCUGGAUCAGUACUCAUGGAGUGGCACUCGCGUCCUAUGGGCUUGAGAACGAGGGCUGGCUGGACCCGUGGUCUCUGCUCAACGCGUUCCGGCGUAAGGCCAUCUCUCUGGGAGCGUUCGCGUGCCACGGGGAGGUGACCGAGUUGAAGAUGAGCGUCCGUGAAAUGGUGACCAGCGACGGCGAGCCGGUGAAUUUCGGCAGAAUAAAAAGCGUGAUUGUCCAGGCGCCAAACAGCCUUGAGACGCAGGCGGUGGAGAGCGCCAUUGUGAUUAACGCGGCCGGCGCAUGGUCCUCGCAGGUGGCCGAGCUGGCGGGUAUCGGGAUCGGCCACCCAGACUCGCUAGAAGGAGUCAAAUUACCCAUCGAGCCCAAGAAGAGGUACGUCUACGUCUUCCACUGCCCCGAUGGGCCGGGUUUGGACUGCCCGAUGCUGAUUGACCACACUGGGGCGUACUUCAGGAGAGAGGGUUUUGGAGGAAACUACAUUGGGGGCAUGUCCCCUCCCGAGGAGGAAGAGCCGGAUAUCAGUGACCUGGAAGUGGAUCAUGACUUCUUCCAGCAGAAAUUGUGGCCGCUGCUGGCCAAUAGGGUGCCCGCGUUUGAAUCUUUAAAGGUGAAAUCGGCAUGGGCCGGGUACUAUGACUAUAACACCUUCGACCAAAACGGGGUGCUGGGGAUACACCCGCUGGUGAACAACAUGUACAUCGCGGCGGGGUUUAGCGGACAUGGCCUGCAGCAUUCCCCCAGCGUGGGCCGCGCCAUCGCCGAGCUCAUCUUGGACGGAGACUUCCAAACGCUGGACCUCAGCGCCUUCUCCUUCCGCAGGUUCUGCACCGGGGAGCCCGUGCUGGAGAGCAACAUCGUGUGAGGGGCACAAGAGGGCGGCCGGACCCCUUCCCCCGCUCGCUGCCGUUUUAUAGCCGCCAUACGGUAUUUUUAAUCGCGGCUGCAAGAAUCGGACGAUAUUACAGUCACCGGGCCAAAGAUCAACGUUUUCUCAUUUUGCUGCUAAUUCUGAGCUAAACCAGAAAAUUAAACAAAAGCUUCCGUUAA